AUGGAGGCAAAUCAUGUUAAGUAUGAUCCGGAUAUAAGGCCACUUCAAGCAUACACGUGGAAAGUGAAAUGUACCCAGAAGUUACAACACUUUAUCUGGCAAGUGUUAACGGGGUGUAUUUCUGUAGGGGCACGGCUACGGAGCCGCGGUAUUCAAAUCGACCCACAAUGCGUGCAGUGUGGUAUGGCUCCGGAAACGGUUAACCAUAUGUUAUUUGAAUGUCCACCAGCGCUACAGGUGUGGGCGUUAUCUCCAAUUCCUACAGCCUUUGACCAUUUUCCGACAUGA